AUGUCCUCCUCCCCUACAUGCCCCUUCUGCAACAUCGCUUCAAUCAACCCCCCAAUCCCCUGCCAUGACCCCGAAAAAUCCACACCCACAAGCCCAUCAGGGUCCGAGCAGAGCCCCACGGCACAUCUAAUCCUCUCGACCGAGCAUGUCCUCGCCUUCUUGGAUAUCAUGCCCCUCACCCGCGGCCAUGUCCUCGUUGCCCCGCGACGGCAUUACGAGCUGCUGGGUGACAUGGGGGUUGCUGUUGGGCAAGAGAUGGGUAAAUGGCUCCCUGUGCUCUCGCGCGUCGUGACAAGGACGGUCUUCGGGGAUGAUCCGGAUCGGCAUUGGAAUGUUGUGCAGAAUAAUGGUGCUCGUGCGGCGCAGCAGGUUCCGCAUGUCCAUUUUCAUAUCAUUCCUCGUCCCGCCACGGACGGUGUCCACCAGCCGAGCUUUGCCAUGUUCGGGCGAGGGCAGAGAGAAGAGCUUGAUGAUGAUGAAGGGGAUUUUUUGGCUCAAGCUAUGAGGCGUGAGCUGGCUCGAGAAGUCGAGCGGAUUCGGAGAGAGGAGGGCGUGGACCUGGGUCAGGGUUUGGCUUCCAAGUUAUAG